UGUUUUGAUUUGGUUUGGUUUGGUUGUGUCAUCAUGGCGCGCGUUUAUUGAAUUUAUUUCAGAGUGCGCAGUAGGUUGUAGGUAGUGGUUGUUGAUUUCUCAUACAAUAAUUUCCUAUUAAAAUUGAUUAAAACCUACAAUACACAUUAUAUAUUUAUUUUUAAACAGUAAUACACAAACACCAUGAGUUACAGGGAUACUUACUCGCUAUAUCCGAGAUCUCAUUCAUACUGCGCAGCUAAUGAGCAGCGCGUAGGAUCCUACUUAAGGACACUAAUGAGUUUCGGGUCUCACUCGUCGGUCCUCAACUCGCUGUCGUUCCGUUCGAGGCCCUUCGCUGAGGUCUCCUACAGCCCCAGUCCCGACCUCAAUGAAGUCUAUCCAGGACUCUUUGUUGGAGAUGCCGUGGCUGCGAAAGACAAGUCAUUCCUCCGUCGCAUGGGCAUCAAAUACGUCCUCAACACGGCCGAAGGCAAACGCUACACUCAAGUGGAUACCGACCAUUUGUACUACCGCGACUGUCCCGGACUGCGCUACAAGGGCUUCCAAAUGAUGGACCUCCCCACCACUGAUAUAUCCAAGUACUUCCAUAUCGCUGCGAAUUUCAUCGAUGAGGGGAUAUCGAGUGGUGGGCGUGUGCUCGUUCACUGUUUAAUGGGGGUUUCCCGUUCGGCAACAUGCGCCAUCGCGUUCCUGAUGAUCAAGCGCGGGAUGACGCUGACGGAAGCGAUGGCGCUGGUCCGCUCCCGGCGCGACAUCCACCCCAACGAGGGCUUCAUCCGCCAGCUCCAACAACUGGACCGCGAGCUGCGAUUGUCGCGCCUCCGCUGACCCCACACCCCCCACCAGCCGCCCCUGGGCCUCCCAUACGAACUCAGGUACGGCCGGCAUCGCGUGCGCAGUUUAGACCGCCAAUACACGCACCGAUACUAGAAAAUAUUAUCUGAUUGAUCUCCUAAGCAUGAAUAUGUAAUCGCAAAAAAAAAUUAUUGUGUUAAGUUUAAAAAAAUUAUAUCGUGUUAGGCCAAAAGUUUAAGAAACAACGAUUUUUUUCACCACACAAUCACAAAAAGAUGGAUGGAUACGAAAAACUAUCACUGUACUAUUGUCCCAUGUGACUUAUGAGAGUGUUUUCAGGUUUGUUGAAGGUAAUGAAUGAAACAUUAUGAUUGGCCAUCGGGUUGCGUACACAUAUUUCUGCGGAAUUAAUAUCUAGGAGCUAGUAUAUGUGAUGCCCAUUAUAUAUAUACGCAGGCAGGUCUGUGUUAUACCUAUGUGUAAAUAUUUACUCAAGUCAUUGGCGGUGUUAAACGCAGCAGACCCGUAAUACGUAUUUUAUUAAUAUUCAAAGGAAACAUGUUAUUUUUUUAAGCUACAAUAUCGUCAGAUAAAAAGGAAUAUGUAGUCUUAAACAGAGUAUUUUAAGAAGUCAUACAAAAUUUAUUAAAAGGCACAAGAAUUACACUUAUUUAUAAUUUAGAACUUUCUUAAAAUGCGGGUCGCUAAUAACAUUUUAUCUGUUCAUAAAUUGUUUAUAAUAAAAAGAGAUUUAUCCAAGUAGUUGCUAAAGGCGAAUAUCUAAUCACUUUUUAGCAAAUAACUACUUAUUAUGACUUGAUAACUUCGAACUUGUUUUUUUAACUAUAAUAAUUAUUAGGUCAAAAUUAAUUCCAGAAUUUGUCUUACACAUUUAUAAUUUAAAGAAACCAUUUCUUUUGUUAUAUACAUCAAUAGAUGGAUUUUUCCACACACUGGGUGAUUUAAAGUUAUGUCAAGUAACAUUUUUUUAAAAGCAGUAAAUAUACUUAUUAAUCUUCUUAAUUAAUACCAGUACGUAAAUCACGUGUCCCAUUUUACAUUAUUGACAGAUGGAUCCAUUAUUUUUGUAAAAAUAAAUACUUAUUAUAUAAGAAUCAAAUAAAAUAUUUGUGAGUAGGUUAUGUUAUGUACUAAGUCCAUAUAAAAUGUUAUAACUUCUAGUUUUUAAUGUCUCUUCGACUAUAGUACAAUUUUCUAGCCUUACCUUAGUGAUCGUGUUAUGUUUGGUAGCUUUUAAAUUUACUUCAAGACUGGUAAUUAUGGCACUUGAGUGGCUUCUUGAUAGGCAGACAAUAACCUGGGGAAAUUUGAGCACGUAAUGUUUUAAAAAUUGUAUUUUUUGAAAAUUAUAAUCAGAAGUUCUUUACCAUCAAGUGGGGAAUUUCUAAAUUUUAUGAUCCGUGCUCAACAUCAAGUAGCAAGCCAUUUUGAAAUAAGUGGAUUCUGUAGUCUAGGUGUUCAGUUGGUUUGGUAGUAAUGUCUGGCUCCUCAUGUAUGCCAUUGCUCCGGUGCGCAGGGUCACGGGGAGUGGGCACAUUGUCAGUUCUCGUGGCUGCCAACACUCGAGACAUUUGGCUGCACAUGUGUGUCAGCUGUGAAGGUCCAUUAAAAUUGUAUCACUUGAUGGCUUGACCUAAAAGCCAGAUCUACUUUGAGUUCAUAAGAUUUUAUUUUAAAAACUUAUUUCUUGUAAAUGAUCUCGUAUUUAUGCAAUGUAAAACUGUAUUUUUUGAGCCAGCUAUUGAAAAUGUCGCAAGUAAGUUAAAAUAUUAAACUAGUCUGUUUGUAAGUUCAAUACUUAGAUUUAAUAAGCACCAAAGAAAGCUGUUUGUGAUAUUGAAAUGUUGAUGGAAUGGCAAUUGUUAAAAUCAUUAUAAUCUAGUUAUUUAUUUUUCAUUUAACAUAAUAAUCAUUAACGAAUAUUUAUUUAAAACCAGUAUAAAUUUGCAUUAUAGUAAUGUAUAUGAUUUAGUUCUUUAUGUUUGGUUACUUUGCUAGGUAAGAUAAAAUAUAAUAUUAAGUAAUUAACAAACUGUUUAUGGAAUCUACUUAAUGAUAAAAAUGUUAAUCAAAUCAAAUACUAUAUAAAUUAUUUUCAUAAUAUUCUUAACAAUAAAAUGAAAUGUGAUGCAGGUUCAGAUAUAAAAUAUAACACAACACAAUAAUGUAAGAUUAAUA